CAGUUCGUACCCCAAGCGACGUUUUUUGGGGAAGAUUCCCCUUGGGCUCGCCAGUCUGCUUGGAUAUUUACACCGGUGUUGUUAACGUAGCAGCUAGCCACAAAAAUGGCUCUUCUGGAUCUUGCCAUGCAAGGGUUCUCUAUAUUUGGAUUCAUUCUAUUUCUCGUACUCUGGUUUAUGCAUUUCAUGUCCAUCAUCUAUGUCCGACUCUAUCUCAAUAAGAAGAGCAGUGACAAGCAGCCCUACAGUAAGCUGGCGGGGGUCUCUCUACUGAAGCCACUGAAAGGAGUAGACCCCAACCUCAUCAAUAACCUGGAGACCUUCUUUGAGCUCGACUACCCCAAGUUUGAGAUCCUACUCUGUGUCCAGGACCAUGACGACCCAGCCAUUGAUGUUUGUAAAAAGCUUCUAGGAAAAUAUCCCAACGUUGAUGCUCGGCUAUUUAUAGGAGGAAAGAAGGUUGGCAUCAACCCCAAGAUUAAUAACCUGAUGCCGGGUUAUGAAGGGGCCAAGUAUGACCUGGUGUGGAUCUGCGACAGCGGAAUACGAGUGAAACCGGACACUCUGACCGAUAUGGCCAACCAGAUGACAGAGAAGGUGGGGUUGGUUCAUGGCCUUCCCUACGUGGCCGACAGACAGGGCUUCGCUGCUACACUGGAGCAGGUGUACUUUGGCACGUCCCACCCGCGCUCCUACAUCUCAGCCAACGUGAUGGGUAUUAAGUGUGUGACAGGGAUGUCAUGUUUGAUGAGGAAAGAUAUCUUGGACCAGGCUGGAGGGCUCAUAACCUUCGCUCAGUACAUCGCUGAGGACUACUUUAUGGCGAAGGCCAUCGCUGACAGAGGAUGGAAAUUCUCCAUGGCAACGCAGGUAGCCAUGCAGAACUCCGGGUCCUAUUCAGUUGCUCAGUUCCAGUCCCGCAUGAUCAGGUGGGCCAAGCUUCGUAUCAACAUGCUCCCCGCCACCAUCUGUGAGCCCAUCUCAGAGUGUUUCGUAGCCAGCCUGAUCAUUGGCUGGUCGGCGCAUCACGUGUUCCACUGGGAUAUUAUGGUCUUCUUCAUGUGCCACUGUCUGGCGUGGUUCAUCUCUGAUUACAUCCAGCUCCGAGGAGUUCAGGGCGGCGCGCCGGCCUUCUCCAAACUGGACUACGCCGUAGCCUGGUUCAUCAGAGAGUCCAUGACCGUCCAGAUCUUCCUGUCGGCCCUGUGGGACCCCACCAUCAGUUGGAGGACGGGGCGCUACAGGUUACGAUGUGGGGGUACGGCCGAGGAGAUCCUGGACGUAUAGCGAACAGCCUAAGUCCCACCUACAGG